AUGAACAUUGAUGGACAUAUCUGCAGCGAUGACUGGGACGAUGACGACGCCAAGGUAGUGUGUCGAGAGCUGGGUUUUCCAAAAGGCAUGGCCUACACGCAUUACAAAUCUGAUUGGUCGACAUUUAAUUACGUUGGCCCGUAUUGGACGAGCAAUGUCAACUUCGUUCAUUUCUCUGUUUGUCUGACUGACCUCUCUCUCUCUCUCUCUCUCUCUCUCUCUCUCUCUCUCUCUAUCUAUCUAUCUAUCUAUGUAUCUAUCUAUCUACUCAGUCUAUCUUCCGAUCUAUCUAUGUAUCUAACUUUCUCUUUUAAUAUCUAUCUCAUUGAGUUGUGGUCUAUCUAUCUAUCUCAUUCAUUCUGGUCCAUCUACCUAUCUAUCUAUCUAUCACAGUUUUUCAUAUCUAUCUAUCUAUAUCAGUCUUUUCAUAUAUAUCCAUCUAUUUAUCGCAUUCAUUUAUGUCUAUCUAUCUAUCUAUCUAUCUAUCUGCCUGUCUAUCUAUCUAUCUGUCUCAUUCAUUUCUGCUCUAUCUAUCUCAGUUUUUCUUAUCUAUCCAUCUAUUUAUCUAUCUCAACUUUCUCUAAUGUUAUGCCAUCUUUCAACCUAGUUAUGUAUUUUUCCCAAAAAAGAAUGAGUUAA